AUGGAUCCGAUUGCUAUUCUACAAAACAGAAUAGAACAAUUAGAAGCUAAAUUGGGUUUGGCUUUAAAUAAUCCAGCCGAUGGUCAGCAGGAAGAUUCUGCUACAGCUAAUUUACUGAAUGCGGCUCAGUCGAUCAACAAUGCUACGGCUGGUCAUGAGAAGCUUUCCGAAAGUAUGCAGAGAGCUACUGAAUUAAACAACUACACUGACCCCAAUUUCGUUGAAAAUAUGCAGCAAAAUAAUAUGAAUAUACAAGAAGUUCUGGCUGCAGAACCUAUAAUUAAACACCAUUGUCAAUGUAUGCAUCGUUGCAAGCAGGCUGCCCCUGUAUUGGAGUCCGAAGCUAUUCAGCAAGUGCCUCAGUUACAGAAAACUGUAGACAAAAUGCAUGCUGCAGCUACAGAAGUAAAGGCCGAAGCAGAUUUGGUGUCUCAUGGUAUACAAGAGUUGGCAGAGACUUGUGGCACUGCAGCAUCUAGAGCUUCGGAACAAUUAGCAGAAGUUGCCCAAAAGGUCGAGCAGGUAGAGAACAAGAUGUUUCCCAAGAGAAGAAAUGGCUUAGAUUAA